CUUUCUUUCCUGUUCUUGUUGGUCUGUUCCAUGGAAAGUAAUUACAGUGAUGAUUUCGAGAAAUACACACUCACUCUGCUUCCAUAACUUGUACCAUAUGCUACCUUUGUAGUACAUUUCUGCUACAUUCUUCUUUCUUUAAUUGAAUUUUUCCUUUCAGCUAUCAGUAAGCAUUUGAGCUGAAUACGAAAUCAUCAGUUUCCCAUAUGUCUAAGGUUUAUCGCGUUAAAGUUCUUCGUAAGAGAGUCGAGAGGGCUGAGCGGAAGCGAAUGCAAAACUAUAAAGUGCACCCGGAGCGACUAUCUGCACUUGAAGAAUUGCUUAAUGAGAUUUAUACAAUUUGCCGCCCUAAACCAAGUGAUUAUGAAGUUAGGAGAAAUUUGGUUUCUGUCUUCAAUGAGAUAGCAAAGGAUAUCUACGGGCGUUCUGGUAAUAUUCCUGUUGUGGAGGAGUUUGGAUCUUUCGUGAUGGAUCUAUUCCAUUCAAAGAGUGAUCUAGAUAUAUCUGUGAAUUUUGACAACAGUUCAGUUAAGAUUUCGCAUGAGAAGAAGAUUCAAACUCUCAGGAAAUUUGCAAGGAAGUUGUAUGCACUUCAAAGAGAUGGGCAUGUUUCUGGCGUUCAUCCAAUAACAGCUGCCAAGGUGCCCAUUCUGAAAGUUGUUGAUUGUGGAACGAAAAUUGAGUGCGAUAUAUCAGUUGAAAACAGGGAUGGAGUUUCAAAGUCUAAGAUAAUCCACAUGAUUUGUUCACUCGAUGAAAGGUUUCAGAAGCUGAGUUUUUUGGUAAAAUUCUGCUCUCUUGUAUGCUAUGCAAUAUGCACAGUUGUUCAUGAAACGAAGUUAAAGUUUAGUUCUGCUUGUGCAAUAGUUUGGAAGAUCUCUUAUGUGAUUCGCGGAUGCACAGUAGCAGUACCAUAGGGCUCACUAGUUCUUGACACAGUUGCCUGUGUGCUACCCAAUCAGAAAGUCAUCAAGUUGGUGAGAAGGCCUGUGCUAGUAAUGCUGUAUGGUGGGCCGGGCUGGGACCGGGACCGGACCGGGCCCGCGGUCCUAACGGGCUAAAAGGACCUGGCGGGCCGGGUCACAUAAAAUAGCCCACGAUAAUGCUGUAUUCUGGGCCGGGC